CAAGCUUCGCAGCCUCAUCCACCAAGCCUUCCAUUGACUCCUCGUCACCGCUCGUUCAUCCGACGCACACUUUCUUUCAUUCAUUUUUUCUACUCGACAUGUCUUUCCAAGCCAGCGCCAACACUCCCGCCGCCAACUCGGUCGCUCCUCUCGGCUCUCGCGCCAUGCCCACGAGUUUUGGCGUCUCGCGUAACAUCCAGCACUUGAGUCUGGCCAGCAACACCGGCACCGUCGGCACCGUCGGCAACACCAACAACGUUCGCUCCGAGGCCAGCAAGCCUGCCGUUCCCAGCAGCUGUCCCAUGCAGCGCACGAAAAACGUGCUCCAGCCCUCCAACACCUACCGCACUGCCUCGACGCCCACAAGCCCACUGGGACUGCGCAACAAGCAGGAAAACAUCCGUGUCAACCACGUCCUCACGGCCGCCGACAUUUUCGACGAGAACACUGUUCUUGAACUCUUCAACCAUUAAACGACAAAGCGAAGCGACCCGCCUAUUUCGCUUGGGCGCACGGGCUACUACCCCACAAACCUUGCCCCACAAAACCCCUCGUUUCCUCCACGUCCCCACCGACUCCCCACCUCCCGUCUGAACAUUUUUGAAACCGGAAACCCGUCCCUCAAACUCUCGUUGAAAUCAGUCAUCCAGGCCGCGUGAAACUCCCUGCAGAACAAACCGCCGACAGGCAAAGCACGGCAAAGCACGGCAAAACACGGCGCGCCAACACACACUCCUUUAUCCUCAAUCUUCAACUCAAUCCUCAACAGCUUGUUACUUUUCUUCUGUUUUUAUUUUUAUUAUUAUUCUUAUUUCUGUUUCUGUUUCUGUUUCCUUACGUCUACAGCUCAUGUCUUACCAAGACUGUCGUCUGUCGUCUGUCGUCUGUCUCUAUCUUUAUCUCUUACACUUACUCUUUACUCUUACACUUUACACUCUACUCCUACUCUCUCCUGUUUACUCCUCUUCCUUACAAUUACUUGAAAAAUAAUAUCGGAUUGAAAAACGAACAAUGCAACGAGCAAAGGGUGGUGGGUUGUCUAGGGGAAACAACAUGCAAGGGGUAAAAGUGUGGGAAUGACAAGUGAACCACUGGGACGAGAGACGGAAGAGGGCGACUUGUGUGAUGAGCAGUGCAUGCAGGAAACCGUCGCCGAGCAGAAUGUUCGCGCUCAGCACGGCACCACGCUCCAGAACAGUGUUGUUGGCAGCGGCUCCCGCGUCACAUCACAAGCACACCCCCACCCAGGCCCGCCUGGUGUCUAGAAAAUGGAGUUGAUAAUGUCGGCACCGGCAGUGGCAGCGGCACCAAAGACAAAGGCAUUGCCAAUGUUGGAGCCGAGGUCGCCGAGCUUAGAGUGCUUUUGGGGUGCCUCCUGCUGCACGAUGACCGGCUGGGCAGGCAUGGGCUGGACAGCCAUCGGUUGGGCGUACGGCAUGGGGGCCAUGGGCAUGGGCUGCAUAACGGGUCCUGUGGGCUGGGGCUGCUGCACAGGCAUGGGCGGCAUAGGGCUGCCAGUAUGGCCGCUGCCGUACACCGGCGAACGGAUGAUCUCCACGUAGUUGGAGGGGAAGAUGCCGUGACGCUUGUCGAUAGAGCCGCGCCACCAGUCGUUGUUGAUGUGCUCGAGCACGGUGAUUGUCUCGUUUCUCCGGAACGACAGGUCACCUCUGUCUUUGCCCUUGAAGUCGUAGAGAGCACGCGCAAGCUCGUACUGCUGUGCGGGGGCAGCGGGUGCGGGGACAGGAGCGGGAGCAGCAGCCUGGACGGGAGCAGCAGGAGCCUGCAUGGGCGACGAGGCCGUCUGGUAGCUGGGCGGACUGUCGACGUGGUGUGCGUUCGACUGCGAGAAGGCUUCCUGCUCCUUGCGGGCAACAGCCGCAGAAACGGUGUGCGAGUUGUCGACGCCGCUGUUAUUGCCAUUGCUGCUGUUGUUGUUGUUGCCGCU